CCAGUGCAGUCAUCCAGUCCUGCUGCCGGUGUCGCUAGAUAACCGUCUAAGCAGUCCAAGUCAUCUCAGCAAGCGGAGAAGAAGGAGAAACUAUCGUGAUAAGCAACCAAGGUUACUGGCAGCAUGUCAUCAUCAAUCCUACGCGCUCUUUUUCUUCUGGCUGUGGUGUCAAUGAACCAUCAGCAUGCUUCAUCAAAAGUCAUCGAGAUAAGCCAAGAGGAGGUUGCAAUGGAAGUCAUCCCUGAGCCCGUCCCUGAGCCCGUCCCUGAGCUCGUCCCUGAGCUCGGUCCAGUCGGCGUCUAUGAUAUUGCCGAAGGGAACUAUUUCAACAAUAUCAUCAGGCAGAAGGCUGUCACUGACAUUGGGAGACAGCAUCUUCAUCUGGAAUGGACUAUAAAAAAUUAUACCCGCCUCAACCACCAGCAGGGAGGCUGCGUCAACUCUCCGAACUUCCAAACCGGCGACAAAAACUCAAACUGGAGAGUCAAAUUUUGCUUGCGAGACGGCAUGGAUGCUAAGUUCUUCGUAAGACUUCACCUCUCCAAAGAUACUCCAGGAUUGUCGCAUUUGCAUCGACAGAUUGACGGUGAGCUGGCGAUCUUCAAAUCUGGGGAGAAGUUAGCAAGCAAGAAGUUUGAUAAGAUCGGUGUGAGUUUGAAGCAGGAGAGCCAUACGUAUGAAUAUGCGGACGAAGCGGUGGAGCUGCUACCACGAUCCUCUCCUGCUGAUACAGUCACAAUAGUUUUGCACAUUGACAUGCCACAGAAGACUCUUACGAAGCUCUUCGAUAUUGUAGACUAAACUUGAUUGAUGAUGAUUCGUCUUAAACGGUUUAUUAACUUCAAUGAGGAUACACUAGGGUUCUGCGUUAUCGGCGGACCAUGGAGUCACAGGAAAGAAAAAUGUAUUUGAAUAUUGAUUAAAAAUUUUUUACGUGAUUUAUUGAAAAAUUGGUUUGAAAAAUAAAUGUCAGCGAUUUUCCUGUGACCGGGGUAAACUAUUCAUUUACCUGAUUGAAAAUGGUUGAAUCUAUAGUCUAGUCCGUACCAAACCGUAAAGAAUACUUGGAUACCUCGAAGAAAUUGAAAAUAAACAGUCAUUUUCGUCA